CGUCUUUUGCAUCAUUAUAUUCUCUCUCUCCUCUCACGGCCAAAACAAAACAAAGCCAAGCCCUUUUUUUUUUUUCAAAUUACGAGCUCUUUUUCUUCUUCUUCUUCAUCUGAAAAUCUCGCUGUGUUUUCGAAAUUUUUCAGAUUCCGAUAGACGAUAGAUCCGUGGAUGGGCACUGUACAAGAUGACACUGAUUAUAAAGUUAACGGGCAUGCUGCAAGCUCAAAUGACAGCAAUUCAUUGAAUCAAAAUGGUUAUUCAACGCCUGUGAUUGUUUGUGAUCCAACUGUAAAUAAUAAAAACAGUGAACUUAAAAAACUCAAGGAGUUGGCAGAUGAAAUGCAUAAUACAUCUUAUGUUUAUAGGCAAGAUGUUGUGAGGAGCAAAAACAAUAUGAUUGGGAUUGUGACUGAAGUUGCCGGUGAUGAGGAUUCUGAUAGCAGCAUCACUGAUGAUGAGGACGAUGAUGAGGAGGACGAUGAUGAAGGAGAAGAAAAUGGUGAAACUGAGGGAGAAGUUGGUGAUGAUAGUACUAACACUAAUGGGAAUGGUGAUAGCAAUAAGAAUAGUGUUAAUUAUAAGAGGGGCCCUCUUCCUGCUGACCAGGCCCGUGUACUUUGGAUGGAUGAAACUGAAUCAACAGAAAAUAUUAAUGACUUAACAGUUGUUGAUCGAGGGUUCUUACAUGGGGAUUUUGUUGCUGCUGCGUCAGACCAAACUGGGCAGGUUGGUGUUGUGGUGGAUGUCAAUAUAACUGUUGAUUUGUUAGCUCCUGAUGGUUCUAUUAUAAGGGAUGUCUCAUCCAAAGACUUGAAACGAGUGAGAGAUUUUACAGUGGGUGAUUAUGUGGUCCUUGGUCCGUGGCUGGGUAGGGUAGAUGAUAUUUUAGACAAUGUUACUGUGUUAUUUGAUGAUGGUUCUGUGUGUAAAGUUAUGAGAGCUGAGCCAAUGCGUCUCAAACCACUUUCAAAGAACAUUCUUGAAGAUGGGCAUUUUCCUUACUAUCCUGGUCAGCGUGUGAGGGCAAGCUCAUCAUCAGUGUUCAAGAAUUCUAGGUGGCUAUCUGGCUUGUGGAAACCUAAUAGGCUUGAAGGUACUGUAACAAAGGUAACAGUUGGAUCAGUUUUUAUUUACUGGAUAGCAUCUGCUGGUUAUGGUCCGGACUCUUCUACUGCCCCGGCUGAAGAGCAGAGUCCAAAGAACUUGAAAUUGUUGUCUUGCUUUGCACACACAAAUUGGCAAUUGGCCGACUGGUGUCUAAUUUCCCCAUCAACAUUAUCGACGUCAGCUCAUUUGGAGAAGGGAGUAUCAAAACUAGAACUUCAUGAUUCAGUGAACAGCGAAUUAGAUUCAAUGCAACUGGGUAGUGGGUGUGAUUCAGAAGAGAGUAUGCAAGAAGAAUCAAAUGUGAAUGAAUCCUUGGAUCUUGAACCAGUUACUGCAUUGGUUGAAACUAAUGGAAUUACUGGAAGUAAUGCAUCAAAUGAAUCUAGUUCUUGUGGUAGAUCACUCUCUGUGUCAAAAGAGCCUGUUCAUGAAACAUGGCCUCUCCAUCGGAAAAAGAUCCGUAAAGUUGUGGUAAAGAGAGACAAGAAGGCUCGAAAGAAAGAGGAAAAUUUUGAAAAAGCCCUUUUAAUUGUCAAUUCCAGGACUGAAGUUGAUAUAGCAUGGCAGGAUGGCAAGAUAGAACGUGGUCUUAAUUCCACAAAUUUGAUACCAAUUGAUAGUCCUGGUGAUCAUGAAUUUGUUGCUGAACAGUAUGUGGUGGAGAAGGCAUCUGAUAACAGCGAAGAUGCUUGUGAAGCUAGACGUGUUGGGGUUGUGAAAAGUGUCAACGCUAAAGAGCGAACAGCUUGUGUGAAGUGGUUAAAACCUGUUUCAAGGGCAGAAGAUCCUAGAAAGUUUGACAAAGAAGAAGUUGUGAGUGUGUAUGAGCUUGAGGGGCAUCCAGAUUAUGAUUAUUGUUAUGGGGAUGUUGUUGUUAGAUUGUCUCCAGUUUCUGUUUCUGCACAACCAGCUAAUGGUGGAGACUUUGGUGAGGAAUCAAAAUUGCUAAAUAAACCAAAUGAGGUUCAGCGGGAUCUUAAGAAGCACUCAGGAAAUAGGAAAGUAGAAGAUACAUCAAGUGGUGAAGCUUUUGCUGAUUUUUCAGAUCUCUCUUGGGUUGGAAAUAUAACUGGUCUUAAGGAUGGUGAUAUCGAAGUUACAUGGGCUGAUGGGAUGGUUUCUACGGUUGGACCUCAAGCAAUCUAUGUUGUUGGUCGAGAUGAUGAUGAUGAGUCUAUUGCCGCAGGGAGUGAGGUUAGUGAUGAUGCCGCUAGCUGGGAAACAGUUAAUGAUGAUGAGAUGGAUGCCCUUGAGAAUACCAAAGAGGGAGGUGAACUUCAAAUUGCAGCCUCAAACAUGGUUUCUGAAGAAGAAGAAGACAGUGGAGAAAAUAAUUCUGGCAGGAACCCAGCACUAGCUGUUCCAUUGGCUGCACUUAGGUUUGUUACCAGACUGGCCUCUGGAAUAUUCUCACGAGGAAAAAAUUCAGAUCCAAAUGGUUUAGACUCUAAAGAUGAAAAUGACGUUCAAACUCAGGAUUCUAUCAGGGUUUCUGAGGGAAGAGAUUGUGGCUAUGAGUCCAGCUCUCAGAAAUCUAAUGUUGUUGAUUGUCGUGGCACCGAGAUUGAUCAUGGAAAGGGGGAAGAGCAUGUUGGCCCAGGUACCACGGAAACAUUGGAUGCCACAGAAACUGUAAAAGACGUGAGGAUUGAAGGACCUGAUGCUACAGAAUGUAAUGGGGAUGAUCCUUGCAGUUUCAAACGCUUUGAUAUAGCCAAAGAUCCAAUGGACCAUUAUUUUCUUGGUGCAAAUGGCCAGAAUAACAAUGGAAGGAAGUGGUUUAAAAAGGUUCAGCAAGAUUGGAGCAUCCUUCAGAAUAACUUGCCCGAUGGUAUCUAUGUGCGAGUUUAUGAAGAUAGAAUGGAUCUCUUAAGGGCAGUUAUAGUUGGGGCAUAUGGGACACCUUACCAAGAUGGCCUUUUCUUCUUUGAUUUUCACCUUCCACCAGAGUAUCCCGACGUUCCACCAUCAGCCUACUAUCACUCUGGUGGGUGGCGGAUAAAUCCAAAUUUGUAUGAGGAAGGAAAGGUGUGUCUCAGCCUUUUAAAUACUUGGACUGGUAGAGGAAAUGAAGUCUGGGAUCCCAAAUCAUCUAGUAUACUUCAAGUCCUCGUUUCACUUCAGGGGUUGGUUCUAAAUUCCAAGCCAUAUUUUAAUGAAGCUGGGUAUGAUAAGCAGAUUGGGACAGCUGAAGGCGAGAAAAACUCUUUGUCGUACAAUGAGAAUACAUUCUUAUUAAACUGCAAGACCAUGAUGUAUUUAAUGCGGAAACCGCCAAAGGAAUUUGCGGAGCUUGUUAGAGAACAUUUUAGGAGGCGUGGUUAUUACAUCCUUAAGGCCUGUGAUGCUUAUAUGAAAGGCUACUUGAUAGGCACUCUCACUAAAGAUGCCUCAGUUAGUGACAGAAGUGAUGCAAAUUCAACUUCAGUUGGUUUCAAGUUGAUGUUGGCUAAGAUUGUGCCUAAGCUUUUCCUUGUACUGAGUGAGGUUGGUGCUGAUUGUGAUGAAUUUAAGCAUCUGCAACACUCAUAGUAGGUUAUCAAACAAACAAGGUCAGUUUUUAUGAUUUAUUGCUGAUACUUAAAAAAAGUAAAUGAUGUAAAGGCUUUCGGGCGUUCUGUGCAUGUUUUAUUUAUAUAACUGAUGGUCGGGAACAUUCUUUUAUCUUGUUUGAAAGCCUUAUCCAUCUUUAGAAGCUGGGGUUUCUUGGAGCAAAAGUGCUAGGUCAUCUGUAUUUUCAUAAAUGAUGAUUUCCAGCUAACCCAGCAGAUUGGGGCGAGUAUGUUUAUGGAUUUGGCUUCUGACUCGUUAUUUUAACAGUUUUUUUGGGAGGAAAGGGAAAGGAAAUGGGAUAAAAAAAGGGAGGAGGAGAGAGGGUACUUUCUAGGAUGAGGAAGACAGUCAUAGUUUUGCAUUGACUGUCAACGUUUUUGUUCAGUACUUGGUGACCGAAUCAAGGAAUUUAUAUUUCAAAAUUCUUACUUCAUUUCAUCAUGUAUGUAUGGCGGGUUUUAUUACAUGAAUAGUUUCCAUGAAGAACUGAUGUGUUAUUAUACAUGUUUGUUGCAAUUGGCGAAAGAGAGAUUGAAAUGAUUGUGUGAUUUUAAAAAGGAAAUUCACUUUGUUUUAUGA